AUGUCGCAGCUGGCUUGCGGUUUCUCUCUUAGAACAGGCCAUCCACACACAUGCAUUAAAGAACUGGGAUUUAAAGAUAUAUACUUAAUAGAAACAUUACCGGGACAAGGUUGGGAUAACCUUCAGAAUGAAGAUCGCGUGACAGCAGAUCAAAAGUUCUUGAUUCCUGAUAUGUUUUCCGUGUAUCCAUCUAAGACGAGUCAGUUACACACGGUAUCGGAAAUCAUAGAGCAUUGGGAUGAGCAUACGAGCACCACAGCCAUAUCAAUCAACAGAGGAGUUGGGGUCCAAAUUCCUGGGAUUGCUAACAUUAGCGGGAAAUUUUCGGCCGGAUAUGAAAAAAUGAAGAAAAGGCAAUUUUUUGAACGGACCGUUUCUCUAAGGUCGCAGGAUCGCUAUUCAAAGUACAGAACAAAAAUUGGAUCGGUAGGCGCACUUUCAGAUUCUUUUUUUAAAAAAGUAAGUAAAAUCGGAGAAUAUAUAUUGCUUAACCAAACAGACCUUGCAACCUAUGAAAGCCAGUUACUCGUCAGGGAAUAUGGGACUCAUGUGGUUACCGCGGUUGAACUUGGAGCGAUGAUUGUUCAGGUGGACUACCUCGAUUCGAAAAUUCUUCAACAUUCUUCUGAAGAAAAGAAAAGACUUCUAAUCGGAGGUGAAGCAUCGUUCAAUAUUAAAACUAUAGCAAAGGUAGGGACGAGUUUCGAAUUCCCAGCAAAUACUACGAAAAGGGACAUGGAGUAUUACCAAAACAGCGUACAAUCGGUGGAAGUCUGGACAGUUGGUGGAAUAGAAUACAGUACAGCAGAAGGAUUCAAUACUAGUUGGAUCGAAUCAAUAAACAACAAUCAAGUGCCAAUAGACAAGGAAGGCGAUCCGAUAUAUCAUUUUAUAAACGAAUAUACCCUUCCAGAUAUGCCGUCUAUAGCUGUUUUUAAAGCGUAUGAGUCAGUGAAAAACGCAGUUUUAUCAUACUAUAAACAUAAUACAAAUGCUGGCUGUACCCUACGUGGGUCUCCUUAUUUUGACUUCAGUGCUAAUGUUGAUGAUGGAACGUGUAGUCCGCCAAAAGAAAGCUUUGUAUUUGGUGAAGUCUAUCAAACAUGUACGAUGCAUGGAAUGCCAGAAGACUGUAUCGGCAACGAUUUAUGUAGCAGCGUAACUCAGAAAAAUCCUUUAACCGAUGACUUUUUUUGCGAAAAUGACUACGAGCCAAUAGCGCUGAAACAUGGCACGUUCAAAGGUUCAUGUAUUGUCAAAAAGGAAAGAAAAUGUGGAUUGCUUUGGUCUAAGACUUGUUAUGACUUUGAGACAUAUUCAACGUUAGCCAAUUACUCUGCUUAUUGGUGCGCUGCGAAAAAUGCUACGAAGCCUUCCAGACGGUUAUUGUUUGGUGGAACAUUCACACCGUUUUACGAAAACCCCGCCACACAGUCUAUUUCAUGUCCCCAUCCAUUUUACAGGUUAACAAUUGCAAAGGAUUUGUCAGUGUGUGUGAGCAGCAAUAUUGAAUUAAGCAACAAAAAUUCCAUUCCCUUCGCCGGCUUUCACAGCUGCACUUCUAAAAACCCCUUCACCAACGACAGAGGAUAUUGCCCUACGGGUUAUAGUCAGCAUUUAGCAACUGUUGUUGAUGGGUGUGAAAUAAGUGUUUGCGUCAAACUCGGUGCACGCAAUAUAACCAGGUUGCCUCACAUCCAAAUGCCGCCAUACAUUGACAGGCCAAUAAAAGCAUCUGCGACCGGCGUUGAGGAAAGAUUUUCUUUCAAUGCACAGACAAGUGAAUGGGAAAACGAUUUAUUUCAACAAGGCUCAACGAACCAGUCAACAGAGGAAGAAAAGAAUGGAACAAAUAAAUAUUGUACAUGGGACAGUUCAUUUUUUCUAUUGUUUCCUUUUGUCAUGCUCUGGAAUACGUUUUACAGCUUUAUGUAA